AUGGCCAUAAUUAGUUUACAAUCAGUGCAUAGGAAUCGUAAAUUCUUUAUAUGUGGUGUGAUACCAAUCGUUAUGAUCGUUGUGGUUGGAAGCAUAUUGUAUCAGCAUUUCUACAAUAUUGAUGAUCGAAUUGGCGAUUGGCUUUUCAUUGAUAAUAAUCAUGAUGGUGUAUCGUCGCCAAUCAAGACAAAAACCAAACAAAAAGAUGGUCGCUGGGCAAUGCUGUUUGAUGAAUUUUACGAAUCAAUCAAAUGUGUGGCCAAUCUGAUUGAAGAUUCGCAUCAUAAUUCCGAUCUGUCAAUAGUAUGUUGCCGUUAUGAAACAUUGAUGCAUAUGUUGGUCGAGCGUUCAUCGAUACGUUGUCCACGAUUGAAAACCGAACCACAGCCACAGAUUCUACGACUAUUUCAACCGAUAGAUGGUUAUAUGAGUGAAACCUGUAAAAAUGUCGAUACUGAUACGUUUAAAUGUGAAGUGUUAUCAAUGUUCAUGUCAAAUCAUUGAUCUUAUCAUUGAUGUUAUAAUUGUUAUUUUGGCAAAUCAAUCAAAUA